GGAGGAUUCGUUGAUAGGUGAACGGUGAUUGGACAGCGGUUGGUGACGUUACGUGCAUGACGUGUCGACGUGCAUGAGACGGCAUCCUAGCAACAAGAACCGAUGACAACCAAACUGGAUACUAAAGGUUUAAUAUCUUCCCGCAUUUGUACAUUUUUGUUAGUUUUAGUUGAAUCAACGAAGCUGUAAUCAAUGACAUUGAAGGAAAGUAAGUGCGUUUGGUCGUAUGUACAGUGUAAGCUAGCAUGCACUAGCUCCUUUGUUAGGCUUAGAACACAAUGUCCACGAGUCUGAAACCGACGAUGCCGCUUUCACGGACCCGAUCAUUGAUUGCCAAUAUAAAUGGCACGACAACAACGACGACGACGACAUCCAGCGAUUCGUUUCUACCACAGAUCAACGAGAAGACUCAUCUACCGCCCAUCAAGAGCCAGACCAUCGGCGGUUUUAAAAGCGGUUAUCAAGUGUUGCAGUUAUUCGAAGACCAACCGGUUAGCUAUCGCAGUCAAAAUGGCGAUUUACAGUCUAAAACGACAGUACUACCAGAAGUCCGUCCCGUAACUAGUAUAGACAGUACGAGCAACAAAAAUGCAACUUCCACCACCAAAUCAAAGACUUUGGUAGCUACGCCCGAGCAGGUGAUGAAAUUAUACAUGCACAAACUGACACCCUACGAACACCAGGAGAUAUUUAACUAUCCCCAGAUUUAUUUUAUCGGUGCCAACGCCAAGAAGCGGCAGGGCGUCGUCGGCGCGCCCAAUAACUGCGGUUACGACGACGACCAGGGAUCCUACCUCCACGUGCCCCACGAUCACAUAGCCUACCGGUACGAGAUGCUGAAAGUUAUAGGAAAGGGAAGUUUCGGUCAGGUGAUAAAGGCUUACGAUCACAAGACUCAUCAGCAUGUGGCCUUAAAAAUAGUUCGGAACGAAAAGAGGUUUCACAGACAGGCGCAGGAGGAGAUACGUAUCUUGGACCAUUUGAGAAAGCAGGACAAAGACAAUACGAUGAAUAUCAUUCACAUGUUGGAACACUUUACAUUCCGUAAUCAUACGUGUAUCACAUUUGAAUUACUCAGUAUUAAUUUAUAUGAAUUAAUAAAGAAAAACAAAUUCCAAGGAUUUAGCCUACAGUUAGUUAGGAAAUUUGCACAUUCGCUUCUUUUGUGUCUGGAUGCUUUGUAUCGAAACAAGAUAAUUCACUGUGACUUAAAACCGGAGAACGUGUUGUUGAAACAGCCAGGUCGGAGCGGUAUUAAAGUUAUAGAUUUCGGAUCUAGUUGCUACGAUCACCAGAGAGUUUAUACUUAUAUUCAGUCGAGAUUCUAUCGAGCGCCGGAAGUGAUACUGGGUGCAAAGUACGGUAUGCCUAUCGACAUGUGGAGUCUUGGUUGCAUAUUAGCCGAAUUAUUGACUGGUUAUCCUCUUUUGCCUGGUGAAGAUGAAGCAGAUCAGCUAGCUUGUAUUGUCGAGUUAUUGGGAAUGCCUCCGCAAAAGUUAUUAGAUCAAUCUAAACGUUCGAAAAAUUUUGUAAGUUCUAAAGGAUAUCCUCGUUACUGUACGACGACUUCUCUUCCGGACGGAUCCGUCGUGUUAAACGGCGGAAGGUCUAGACGCGGAAAAGUUCGCGGUCCGCCAGCUAGUAAAGACUGGGUGACGGCCCUUAAAGGAUGUGACGAUCCCUUAUUUACAGAUUUUUUAAAGAGAUGCCUCGAAUGGGAUCCUAGUGUACGCAUGACUCCUUCGUCGGCACUCCGGCACGCCUGGUUAAGACGAAGAUUACCGAGGCCGCCUCAGAGUUCCAGUAACACCGCGGAAGAACAACAAGUAAGAAACGGAGUGUCGUCCGAAAAUAAUAGCGUGGGUACGACUCGCAGUAGUCUCAUUACUAAAAUGAACACAAUAGGUGGUACGAAAUCUCGGACUGUCGUAACUACAAUAGGUGAAGAUUCUUCGGCUACUAUAAUUGCUCAUACCAAGUUGCCACAAAUAGGUAAUCCUGUCACUUAACCAAAAUAUUAAUUAGUAAUGCUAAAUGUGUGUUGUGGUGGAUUGAAAUUUUUGCACGUGGAAGGUCACAUUAUACAACUGUUUUAUUGGAUGUGCUCUGUGUACUUAUCAAAGUAAUGCUUAUUUGCCAAUCUGUUUGAAGUGAAGUGACAAUUUUCAGGUAUUUCAUUUCUUAGUAGUCUAUUUGGUAUUUUAUAACAGCAGAGUUUAUCUGUGUUAUAUUCAGCUUUUAAGAUCACUGCCAAAUUUAUUUAGAUAACUAUGUAAUUUUUAAGCUUCGAGGCGGGAUUUUUCUGCUCUCGGCAUUAAAUAAUUUACGGUAAUUAAGUUUUAAUUUUAAAAUAGUCAUAAAGUUAAGGACGGCGAGAUAAAUUCUUAAUUUUAAAGUUUUUUUUUUCCAUCAAAAAUUUGUUUUAACUACUGUGUAAUGGUUGUUUUAAUGCAUUAUUUGCAUUUGAAAAUGUGCUAGUUUUAUACAGUUUUAAAAAAAUACGUUCAUUCCUGAAAUGUUAAAAUAUGUUUAUGCAGUUUCCCAGACACAUUCGGUGAAAAAAAUUUAAUUUAAAUAUGCCGAUUUUAAGUACGACUCCUAUUUUACAAAAAAAAAAUACUCAUUUGCUUUUAAUUUAAAUGCAUUUCCAAUAUAAUUAAACAAUACACUUUAUCAAAAUAUUAAUUUAUAAAAGUGAUAAUUCACACAUUACAAAAUCACAGUGUUGAAUUUUAAAAUAUGACUUAAAAAAUGAAUUUAUCAAUCUAAUUUUUAACCUAUAAAUUAUAUACAAAAUUAUGCCACGUACU